AAUUCAACUCUUUGCAAUGGUUUACAGUCGUGGAAUAAUUCCAAAUACACGCCCAAAAUCCUAAAGAGUUACGUGCAUCUUUUACACUGCACCUUUAAGAAAGCAUAACCCUUUGCAUUUUGGCUUACACCAUCAUCACACUAGCCUUGGAUUGUUUACAGCAGCGAGGGCUUAAGCGGGUUAGGGACAGACAGUGGAUGGGACCGGCUCAAUCCUGUGCGCUCCCUGAGAGUCGAAAAUAGACCGUGAUCUCCAUCAGCAGCAGCAGCAGCCAGCGCCGCCCUCUUUCUAUCCGGAGCUCCACGUCAAACUCGGAAAAUUUAAACGGGACACAUCCGCGUGGCCAUUCACGGACAGAGGCAUCUGUCUACCCGGCUCCAAGGUCACUGCCUCAGCCCGCUAAAGGGAACGGGACGCGCGCCUCCAUUCCCCGAAGGUCUGACUAAAGGCUGAGGAGGACCACCAUGCCGCCCCCCACCACAGGACCCUCAGUUGUGCCCCCUCCUGACGGCGGCUGGGGUUGGGCUGUGGUCCUGGGAUCCUUCAUCUCUAUCGGCUUCUCCUAUGCAUUCCCCAAAGCCAUCACAGUCUUCUUCAAAGACAUCCAGAUCAUCUUCGAUGCCUCCUACAGCCAGAUUGCAUGGAUCUCCUCUAUCAUGCUGGCUGUCAUGUACGCUGCAGGUCCUAUCAGCAGUAUCCUGGUCAACACAUACGGCUGUCGACCUAUAGUCAUGAUGGGAGGCUGUCUGUGUGCUGUUGGAAUGAUUUCAGCCUCCUUCUGCACCAGUGUUGUUCAGCUCUACCUGUGCAUUGGUGUUAUUGGUGGACUUGGUUUGGCGUUUAAUCUGCAGCCAGCACUGACGAUGAUUGGGAAAUACUUCUAUAAGAAGCGGCCCAUUGCUAAUGGCCUGGCCAUGGCUGGCAGUCCUGUUUUCCUCAGUACACUGGCUCCACUCAACCAGUUCCUCUUUAACAGAUUCGGCUGGAGAGGCAGUUUCCUGAUCUUAGGCGGGCUGCUGCUGAACUGCUGUGUGGCUGGCUCUCUUAUGAGACCUCUGGGACCCCCACCGGGUAAAGCCAAAAAAGAGGAAGGAGCUGCCAUCACCACCACAGAGAAGCGCACAGCCUGGCAAAUUAUCAACAAAUAUCUAGACUUAUCCCUGUUCAAACAUCGGGGCUUUCUAAUUUAUCUAUCCGGCAACUGUAUCAUGUUCUUGGGCUUUUUUGCUCCUAUUGUCUUCCUCGCAGCAUAUGCUAAAGACAUGGGUGUGGAUGAGUACAGUGCUGCCUUCCUGCUCUCAAUUCUGGCUUUUGUCGACAUGUUUGCCAGACCAUCCAUGGGACUGGUUGCCAACUCGCGAUGGAUCCGACCCAAAAUCCAAUACUUUUUCAGCUUUGCUGUACUAUAUAAUGGAGUUUGCCAUAUCCUGUGUCCACUUGCAGAUGACUACACAGGUUUAGUCAUUUAUUCUAUAUUCUUUGGCUUUGCCUUUGGAAUGGUCAGCUCAGUGUUGUUCGAGACGCUCAUGGAUCUGGUUGGAGCUCCAAGAUUCUCCAGUGCAGUGGGACUCACCACCAUAGUGGAGUGCUGCCCUGUCCUGAUUGGGCCACCUCUGGCAGGUAAACUGGUUGACAUCACCAAAAACUACAAAUACAUGUAUUUCUGCUGUGGAAGUGUUGUCAUUGUAGCAAGUAUUUGGCUUUUCAUUGGAAACUUCAUAAACUACAGACUGUUGGACCAUGAGCGUAAGCAGGCUGAGAUGUACAAACGGACUGAGACCGAGGAUCCGGACAGAGCCCUGGAUAAAAAAGAAGUUGAUGGUGAAGCACAGCAGCCGUCACAGGAGCCAGAUGAGCAAAAGGAGGAGGAGCCUAUGCAGCGGGAAACAAACAUUUAAAGCCAAUCCCCCCACUGUCAUGUUGGAAGCUAUGGCAUCAAAAUCAGCUCUGAGUCAAGGUUAUGCGUGCGGUCUCACCUGGCACCAUUAUUCUCCCUCUAAACUUGGGUUAAACUGCCAAACAGCGGUGUUAAUGGACAGCUUAAGCAUGUUUUAUUUGUGUGAAAUGUACUAGAAACAUUGAUCAAGGUGAAAAGUGUUUUAAGAGUUGUGAAGAAUGUUAGCACUACUAACUACAUUUUGUUCUUAACACAGUAUCUUCAUAUCAGAUUAUUUCUGCCAUAAACUAAACAAACAUUAAGCUGCAUUUACAAUCAGGAUAUGGUGGUGAUAGGUGUUUCAGUACAAAGGGCACAACUCAACACCUAUUAAAAAAAGCAUCCUAUCCAUCAUUACAGUUCACAAACUGUAGAAAUUGCAUGCAACUGCACUGCAAAAAGGUAUUGUCUACCUUGUGCAGUAGUUAAGAUUCUCACUGUGUUUGAGCUGAUAUUAAUCAGAAACAGUAUAAUCUUUUCACAGACAACCAUUCUUUUGUUAAAUAUAACAAUGCAUCCGGACAAAUGGGCCAGGCAAUUGACGAUGGAUUUUGCUCAUUGCAAAUUCUUCAAUAUACAAGUACUCCUAGGUGCUUAGUAAUAGAUAAUCUAAUGCAUACAUGUAUUCAUGUUUGCAAUCUAACCUUUUGCUAGACAAAAUGGGUUGGAAGCACUGCACUAGCUUAUGCUUAAGUAACAGCAAAUGGUUUGUUGGAUCACCCUCUAUUCGCAUUGCUGUGAUUAUAGAAAAGAAAAUGCACUGUGCAUUCAUAAGGGGUUUAUGAAAGAAUAUCCAAUCAGAUGGCAUAGUCGUAAACAUGUCUGCCCAGUUCUAACAAAGUUGUGGAGAAAUGAGAAGCUCCGUGGUAUGCCUAAUAGAGCUCAAGUUUAUGUAAUUAGACUAAAGAACAAACGAGAAACUGCAAAGUAAUUCAAUGCUGGCAGCUGCUCAAACUAGAAAUUUCCCUUGUUGCACAGUCCUGCUGGAGAAACAGACUUCUAAUGACUUGGUGAUCAUGUUAUAUUUGCAGCGUUAGCCGUCCCUCCGCACUGAAAAUGGGUGAACCAUCUGAUGUAAGGUGUCAGGCAAGAGCGAAAACACCGUAAUUGCUCUGUGUUUAAUAUGGCAGUUGGGUUGGUUAAAAUUCCCACCUGUACAAAUGAGGAACAUAUGUUUCCAAAAUCCUGGUGCUUGAAUAUUACGCCGCCCUCAGGAGCCCUAUAACGCAGAGUAACAUGGAAAAUGUAAUAAUAUUAAUCAUGAAUGCUUUCUGUGAUGUUUCAUUUUGCACUCAUGUAUCCUGCACUUUCCAGAAAUUAUGGCCAUACAUUUCAAACUAUACAUCUUAUAAAACUGCUGCAACUCAAUGAAUCGAAUUAUAGUUGAAUGUAAUUUCCUCUAUGGGCCUUAAUAAGGUGUAAAUGACCAAAACCAUCUAUGUAAUAGUGUUUUUUGUUCUGCCAACAGAGCCCACAAGCAAUAUAUUCCCUUAUUGUUGACACACAUGUGCAGGGAACCACUACUGCACCAGUCUUUUCUGUGACUCAUUGCCUUAAAUGUAAAGCUCUGUCUUCAGAGAGCCCUGCAGUGAGUGGGAGUGAUGGUUAUAUACAACUCUAUGUGUGAACUGCAAAUCACUUUGUUGCUUUAUCAUUAAAAUUCAUUGUAAUUUGCAUUUUGGCUUCCUCUGUCUGACACUGCAAAAAGAAACAGUUUUUUAAGUAGUGGAGUUGGUAAACAUAUCACUUUAUUUGUUACCCCAAAGCUCGUAUGCUUAGAGUAGUUCAUACCUUCUUACCACUGCAUCCUGUGUACUGCCCAAAUGAACCGUGUUGUCUACCUGCUAGUCCUAAGGCAUAUACAAAGGACGGGUUUCAGUCACAUGUGAUGCCCUGAAUGAAUAUUAUGUAAAUGUCAGAUUUAUUUCCAUCACAGUGGUAAAAGUGCAAUCACACAUUUCUGUCUCAAAACCCAAAGCUUUGGUUAAAAGCCAACACAGUGACCAAAAACACCAUGUGACAGAUGUAUUCACAAAGCCAAUCUCAUUUUAAUACCUAAUGUCAUUUCCAAAGCAAUCGUGAACAAUGCUGUUGUAUUCUUUUCUCAUUUCAAUAUGUGAACAUGUAUUGUAUUCAGCAAAUGUCCUCCUGUGUGGCAGAUGCUUCAUAUUGUCCUGCUGUUUAGACAAGCCAAAAUACUAGAAUGUUUGCUUUAAAAUGCUCUAGAAUUAUAAUAUUUUGCACCAAGUGGUUACCAGCCUUUCAUAUGUUUUGACUAUUUUACAGUGUGCUGCAAAAGUCCUGCACUGACACGAAUGUGAAGUACUUUCACUAAUUCACUGUAAAUGAGGGUCAUAUACUGCUGUACAAUCACUCUGUACCACAAUAACACUGCCCUCUACUGGCUCCAGAAAAGACUACCAACACUAAUAUAUCUAUUUAGAAUUAGAAUUUUGUAAUGCAUCUCUUUGUCAGGUAAAUCAUUAUUUGUCAUUUUCUAUUUAAACAAAUUGUAACCUAAAUAACUGAUCAUUUUGAAUUUGUUCAUGCCAAGAACAAACAAAAUAACAAGAAUAAUAUAGAAUUGUAGAAUUGUAUAGAUAUACUAAUGCAUUCUGGACAAUUGUCUAAAUGAGUUGAAAUGCACCUAUAGCCUUGUCAGGUUUUUGCAUUGUAUCCUGGUAUGAGGAUAAUGAACUAGAAAUAAUUUUUUUGUGUAUUGGUUAAGUUGUACAUAUGGCAUAUUGUACUAUUUUUUUUGCAAAUUCAAACUAUUAAACAAAUUUAAAGCUGGAUGAGGUUUAUUUUGUAUAUAGAUAUAGGUGGUGAUAUGCAGAAUGUAUAAAAUAGGCCUAUAGUGCAUGUAUAUUUUUUUUGCUACGGGUUCAAUGUAAUGAAACUUGAAUCUUUCUUGGUGAUAGAAUUUGUCUUUGGGAGCACUUAGCAAAAAGUCUUGUUUUCUUAUUAAACUGACUACAGAUUGAAGUUAAGUCAAUAUAAUCUUUUUUGUAAAAUUGAAAAGGACUGACUGGUUGUGUUCUGUUUUUAUGCUGGGAUUCUGCCUGCAGUUCAACAUGAUCAUACUUCAAUUUGUGAAAUGAAAUGUCUCAUCCUGAACUAAUUUACAUUACUUCACAUGUUGUGUAAAUGUAACUAAUAGGAGGUUCAAGGACUGUCACUAACAAGCUAACCGUGCCUUACUGUGCUCUAUAGUCCUAACAAUAUGUACAUAUAUGUUAAUGAAUUGUUGCAUGUAAUUCUAUGUUCAACACUGCCCAUAAUGGCAAAACUGUUUCUGACACUCUUAAGGGUUUGUUUGAUUUUUUUUUUUUUUUUGUGCUUCUAAAUUGAGGAAGAAAUGAACUGACUUUUGUGUCUUUAUUAUGUUUAUCACUACCUCUGCAACUAACAGAGCAAAGGACUAUACCUCAUUUGUAUCACUGUAUUUGUGGCUCUAUAAUACACGUUAUCACCUUUCACUGUAGCUUAAUAAAUGAUAUAUUGGAAACAUC